UGACAAGUGAAAGGAAUUCAAAAUGGCCGGCCAACUUCCAAGUCUAAAUUUGUUAUGAAACUUUGUUAAUCUUUUUUUAAUUUAUUAUUAGUUUUAAUUAGGUUUUUUUAGCGUGUCUUAAUGAAGAUAAACUCUUCAUUUUUUAACAUAUCAUAUGCAUUUCAAUUAGGGAAGUUGUGCCUCCAAUUAAACCACUCCUUUUACACAAUUGGUAGGUAGUUUUUUUACAAUAUGGUUCUGUGAUUCAGUGUAAAGAUGGAAUCGAAACAAUAUGAGCAGGCCCGCAAUAUGACCUUACUGUUCUUCUUCGAGCGGCUCUUGGAUAAAGGGGAACCCCGUACGCUACACGACUUGAGUUGUCAGUUCGGCUCGCGCGGUUUUACGAAAGAAAUGAGGCAGAUCGCUGGCGGUUCGCAAAACGGCCUCAAAAAGUUUCUAGUUCAGUAUCCGUCGCUAUUUGUCAUUGAGGGUGACUAUGUCAACAUUAACACGUUUCAUAGUCGCGACGUACAGAAGGGAUUAGGCAAGAAGGAUUACGGCGAUCAGGCCGUCGAAUAUUUUUCUGAGAAGUUGGCGCAAUACGGCGAGGGAACCGAGGUGCCCAUACGGAGCCUACUCGGGCAUCGCUCCCAAGCGAGUCCGGAGGUGAGGCACGUCUCCGGGCAGCAUUUCUACGAGUUUCGCGAAUUUUUGCUCAAGCAUCCCGAUUCGUUUGUGAUAUCAGACGAGAACGAGACGGUGACGCUAAAAAACUUCGACAGUAUUAAGCUGCACACGCAGGAGCUCCACUUCAAUCCCAUAAUCAACAUCGAUCCGGAAGUCACGCAAACUCUGCUCGAUUUUUUAGCGCAAUGCAUUGAGGUGAAGGGACCGAUUCUGGUGGAGCAGCUGUUUCAGAUCGUCAGCUGCAAUUUACCCGAGAACAUGUGGACGAACUUGUUCAAUACGCCCGCUCAAUUGACGAGCUUUCUUCGUCUAUUCAACGAUUGCUUCCACAUACAGGCGAAUCUGGUCACGUUGAUUAAUCAUCCGAGAAUAAACGAGAAGCACAUAAACGCCCAAAUGCUCAAUCAGGAUCCUAAGCUCAACUCCGUGCAGGAGAUCAAGAACGCGAAAAAUUUGGCGAAUGAUGUUGAUACCGAAAAGUACAUAGAAAAGGCACCUGCUAGUGCGAGGGGUAACAAUGAACGGUUACGUCAACCGAAGCUACCCGUGAAGGUGGAAGUCACCGCGCCACCGAAGGAGGACCCGCCUAAACCGGCCAAAAAUGCCAAUUACAAUCAGAGCCUGAAACAGCGCAUCAACACUUUGGUUUUAAAGACUCUGCAAGAGAACACGGGACGGGAUCGUCAGAAUUUGCUCAACCAGACCCAGAAUUACACGGACUCGUGGAAAGUCAAGCUUCUACAGAACACGCGCGUCGUCUGCAGCGUUCGGGAGUGUAACUCGGUGAUCGCGGACAUCACCGACAAUUUUCAGGGUGAUCGGGGCGACGCUGACCCCUGGCCUUUCACCGACGAUAAAGUCGUCGUCGGUUUCGACUGCGAAGGCAUCAACUUGGGCCUGAAGGGUCAACUCACGCUGAUGCAAAUCGCCACGAGCUCGGGUUCCAUUUACAUUUUCGAUUUAAUCUCUUGCCCGGCCAUGCUCGACGCCGGUCUGAGACGCCUACUAGAAUCUCCGCAUAUUAUAAAGAUUAUGCACGACUGUCGCAACGACUCCGUCAACUUGCAUCAGCAAUUCAACAUAAUUCUGCGCGGCGUCUUCGACACGCAGGCCGCCCACUCCGUCCUCUCGUUUCAGGAGUCGGGCCGUGCGGUUUACAAGGCGAAGAGUAUCGCGCUGAACGUCCUGUGCGAGUACUACAAUGCGCCGGCGAAUCCGAUGAAGGAGCAGCUGAAGAAUAUCUACAAGCGCGACCAGAAGUUCUGGUCGCGAAGGCCCCUUUCGAAGGAUAUGAUUUUGUACGCGGCCGGCGAUGUCUUUAGCCUGCACGAGCACAUCUAUCGGCCGAUGUGCCAGGCGAUUUUGCCCCAGAAUCGCGACCUGAUGAUGGAUUUGUGUUACGAACAGAUUUACAUCAACAUCACCCCCGACGACAUCAAACUUCGAAAGCGCCAGCGCAAAAUCGGCACGGAGGUCGCGGAGCUGCGCGUGAAGCUAUCUCAACCGCUCAAAAGUAUCGUACUGAGCAAUCGGGAGGUGCGCCUGCUACGGUACAUCGAGCUCUCGGAGGAGGAAAAGGAGAAGCUGAAGUCGUCGACGAAGAUAGCGAAGAAAUUGGAGAAGCUCGAGAAUUUAAAUCAGGACCGAGAUAUGUCGAGUUCGGACGAGGAGUGCGACUACCCGAGCUUGGAGAGCGAGGCGAUCUCGCCGAAAACCUCCGAGCCGACGAGCCUGACCGAGUCGAUGCAGUUAAUGGACUCGAUUUUGAACGAUAGUAAAAUAGAUCGUUUAGUAAAAAUUGAUAAAUUAGAGGCGAUUCUUAGUGCUGCCACUCAUUUGCCGAGCGACAAUGAGUCGGACAGCAAAUGCUGCUGCAAUUGCCAUAAAAUUAGUAACACAUCUCGUAGUGCCUAUUUUAAUGAGAACGUUAGAAUAUUGUCACCUACGAACUGUUUCGUGAGUAUUCAAAGUAACGAGGACUGUGAUUCGACGUCGGCCGACGAUAAUCGCACCAGCGUUACGACUCAAACGUUGAGUACCGGUGAUAUUGUUGUAACGAAAAUCUUCUUUAACGAGACUGCUGAAUGAUUUUUCUUGCUCAGUCGAAAUGUUGUGAUUUGAUACGUAUUACGCAGUUUAUUUACUAAUCAGCAAUACUUUUUUGUAAUUAGACGAAACCUGGUUUGAUGGGUUAAAUUGGUUAAAAUGGUGUAAAUUAUUCCAAAAGAAGGAUGCCUUAUAGUAUUUAUUUGUUAAUUUAUUAA